AUGGGUGGAUCACCUCCUUGCGGUGAUUCGGUUAGGGCAGUCAAGGACCAUCGAAGGCAAGCCACCACUUCCCAACGAUGGCCCCAGAAACAAGUAGACGAUCAGCCGAUAACCUUUUCGUCUGACGAUACACUCGGCGUGCACCUCCCUCAUAACGAUCCUUUGCUCGUCGUAUUCAGCGUCGACAAGUACGACGUCACAAAAGUGCUUAUCGACACCGGGAGCUCGGUCGAUAUCAUCUUUCGCGAAACUCUCGUGAAAAUGGGAAUCGAUCUCAACGACGUCAAGCCUUCUACUCGGACCCUGACAGGAUUCAACGGCUCGUCGGAGGUAAUCGCAGGCACGAUCCGCCUAGUUCAUGCAUGUGGAGUCACUCGAACGGUCAAGUUUUCUGUGGUCGGCUCCAAAGCCCCUUACCACGUUAUACUCGGCACCCCAUGGCUACAUUCAAUGCGAGCAAUCGCAUCAACGUACCAUCAGUGUGUUAAGUUCCCAGGAUCAGACGGAUCGAUCAAAACUCUGAAAGGCGAUCAGCAAGCUGCGCGAGAUCUCCUAAUCGCCACGGUUAAAAUUCAGCGCUCCCAGUCACUCGUCAACUCAGUCUCUCCCCCCACGAGCAAAGUUUGCCCGCAAAAGGAAGAGGUUCUGAAAGUACCAGUUGACGACUCGGAUCCGAGCAAAUCAGUCCGAAUAGGUGCAUUUCUACCCGACGAAAUGCAACAGAAGAUCCUCGAGUUUCUUAAGCAAAAUCUGUCCUCAUUCGCCUGGACAAUGUCUGAUAUGAAAGGAAUCGAUCCAGCUAUCACAACUCACGAACUCAAUGUCGAUCCCAACUUCAAGCCCAUCCGGCAGAAGAGGAGAAAGUUGGGACCGGAGCGGUCCAAAGCAGUCGCAGAAGAAGUCGAGCGUCUACUCAGCGCCGGCUCGAUCACCGAAGUUCGUUACCCAGAAUGGCUAGCCAACCCGGUAGUCGUUAAGAAGAAGAACGGCUACAACCAGAUCCUGAUGCACCCGGACGACCGAGAGAAAAUUGCUUUAAUCACUGAUCGGGGAACCUACUGUUAUAAGGUGAUGCCAUUCGGGUUGAAAAACGCUGGAGCAACCUACCAGACGCUUGUCAACCGGAUGUUCGCCGACCAGCUGGGGAAGACGAUGGAAGUCUAUAUCGACGACAUGCUCGUCAAAUCCCUCCGAGCUGACGACCACCUAGCGCACUUAAAGGAAUGCUUCGCCAUCCUAAACGAGUACGGGAUGAAGUUGAAUCCCGCCAAGUGCACCUUUGGCGUCUCCUCGGGCGAAUUCCUUGUCCGAGAAACUGCUGUGAGGCAGAGACUAACAGGACGCAUCGCCGCGCUCAAUCGCUUUAUCUCCCGAUCUACCGACAAGUGUCUCCCCUUCUAUGAUCUCCUCCGAGGGAACAAGAAGUUCAUUUGGGACGACAACUGCGAGGACGCAUUCGUUCAACUCAAGCAGUACUUGACGACUCCUCCCGUCCUGGCCAAACCAGACGUAGGAGACGUCCUGUCUCUCUAUAUCGCCGUCUCCUCGGCAGCCAAACUGGCUCUGGCCGUCGUUGAUUCUGCAAGGAAACUACGACCCUACUUCCAAUCACACUCUAUCGAAGUGUUGACCGACCAACCGCUCCGCACCGUCCUGCAAAAUCCCAACAGAGCUGGCCGGUUGACUAAGUGGGCAAUCGAACUGAGCGAGCUUGAUAUUACGUACAAAUGCCGAACAGCCGCCAAAUCUCAAGUCCUCGCCGACUUCCUUGUCGAGCUCACACCAGAUCUUGCACAAGACCUCGACAUUCCAAGCCCCAAUUGGAUUCUUCAUGUCGACGGAUCAUCAACGAGCAAAGGAUCCGGUGCGGGAGUCCAGCUUCAAUUGCCGACAGGGGAACUCAUUCGCCAGUCUUUCAGUUUCGGCUUCCCGGCCUCUAACAACAAAGCAGAGUACGAGUCGUUGAUCGCCGGUCUCCGUCUCGCCCGAGCCGUCAAAGCCAAACGCUUGAGUGCUUAUUGCGACUCGCAGCUCGUCGCCAGCCAGUUCAGCGGCGCCUACGAUGCUCGCAAUGACAUAAUGAACGCAUAUCUCCGGGUGGUUCAAGAGCUUGCUAGGGAAUUCGAUUUCUUCGAACUCACCAAGGUUCCCCGCGGAGAGAACGUUUGCGCCGAUGCCUUAGCUGCACUCGGGAGCAAACUCCACGACCAGGUCAAAAGGACGAUACCCAUACAUCGGAUUGAUCGACCGAGCAUCGAUCCUCCUUCCGACGAAAGUCUUCCCAUCGCUCCAAUCUUCGCAACAACUCGACGAUCCACCACCGAUCACGCCAACACUGAGAUGCCCGAUCAUGACGACACCCCGAUCGACUGGCGAGCCGAGUUCCUAGAUUAUCUCAUCCGUGAAGAACUGCCGAAAGAUAAGUGGCCAGCGAGACGCCAUGGUUUACCAUACGAGAUCAUAACGGACAAUGGCUCUCAGUUCAUGUCCGGAAACUUCAAAGAGUUCUGUAGCAAGUGGAAUAUCCGCCUAAGCCCUUCGACUCCCCGCUACCCGCAAGGAAACGGGCAGGCGGAAUCCUCCAACAAGAUUAUCAUCGAUGAGAUCAAGAAGCGACUCGACCUCAAGAAAGGCCAUUGGGCCGACGAACUGGACGGCGUCCUCUGGUCGCACCGAACGACUCCUCGUGGUGCGACCAAAUCCACCCCUUUCUCUCUUGCUUACGGGAUGGAAGCAAUGGCCCCCGCCGAAGUUAACGUGACGAGUCUUCGGCGCGCCAAGAUGCCGCAUUUCGUCGAACUUAAUCAAGAUAUGCUCCUCGAUGCCCUUGAUGAACUCGAGGAAUAA